UCUACAUCUAAUAAAAACCAACAUGAAAAGUUUAUUUUUCUGCGUGUGUAUGUGUUUGUUAUCACAGACAAUAGCACGCCGCUGUCUGGUCUCUAUUCCGGUCGAUUGCGACAGUUAAGAAGAAAAGUGUGAAACUAAUGACGACUGUUAUCGAGGUGAGAUUUGCUGUACUGUUGGCUGUGUAAGACAAUGUGUAUACCCUGAUGAUACAACAGUCAAACCACCGGCAACUACCGUCAAACCGCCAGUAACAACAGCAAAACCACCGGUGACAACUGCUAAACCACCAGAAACAACAGCAGGGGUGCCUAAGACAACACCUAAGGACGCAAUAUGUCGUAAACAGUCUGAUUGUGGAGAAUGGCAAUACUGCACAAGUACAAAUCCAGAUGCCACAACAGGGAUAUGUGAGGAUAGAAAAUGGAUUGGUUAUGACUGUCACAACCCUAGACCGACUGGAGCCCAUCACGUGUGGUGUCCUGGACCUGCUGGUAUAAUUCACCCUGACCUCUGUCCAUGUGGGUGUGGAGACUUCUGUGCCAUGGGUCCUAAUCCAAAGCGAAAUGCACAUGGCCGAUACAUUGGUAGCCCGUCUACUCGGGCCAGACUGUCCGUUUGGUUUGCCAACAUGAGGUCCACGUUCGGCAAGGCCACCCGGGACGUCAGUGGCAGUGGGAGGAAGAAGCACACGCCAAGGGAGGAGUGGAUCACUAGGAAGUUGGCGUUUCUGUCUUCCCACGUAUACAGGGUGCCAAUCAGGAGUGGGGUGAACCAGUUGAAGCAGCGCCAUCCCGACCGUUUCGACGCUGUGGCUACUGAGGGGCAGGGCCAGGUCCAGGAGACGGGCAAGAAGACAGAGGAGACGGGUGACGUAUGUGAUGAUGAGGAGGAGCCAGUGGGCACCGGCACCCCUGUCUGUUCCAAGAGGAGGAAGACCGCUACAGCUACAGCUACCUCCACAGUCAUGGAGGUUAUCGAGCAGGGUGUAUAGUACCAAAUCAAAUCCCAUAGACGACAAUAGUAACAUAUGUGGCUAAAACUCCUACCUGCAACGUAUCAACCGACAUAAACGCCACGGA